AAAGGACAUUCUUUCUUGCGAGCUGAUAGUCUGAUACCAAACAGACACCACUAUUCACUAUUCUCCAAAUGUAAUAACAAUGGUUGAAGCUGGUGUUGCACCCAGAUUCAGGCCUAGCUCGACGUCCAUUGCUUCUCAAUUUAGGGAUAAUACCAAACCGAUCACAAUUAGAGCAGGUCUACUGUUACAUGCUGUCACUAAAUUCAAAUCACUGCAACCAAUCAGAAUCCACUCUCAGUUCCAUCAAUGUCCCUCCACUUACUCUUCCCGGAUGUCCACUGAUAUUCCUUUCUAUGAAACUCCUGGGGCUUCAUUUGAUCAGUAUUUAGAAGAUAAACCCAGGGUUUUUACAGCUAUUUUUCCAGAUAAAAGGAGAAGCCAACAGCUUAACGAGGAAGAAUGGAGAGUACAUAUGCUACCCAUACAAUUCUUCUUCCUGACUGUAUCACCUGUUGUAGACAUGAGAUUGAGAUGUAAAACAAACGGCAAGGAUUACCCAUCUGGAAUUUCCCCUGCUAUUUCCAAAGUUCUCGAGCUUGAUAUUAUUAGAUGGGAGCUUCAAGGGCUAGAUAAUGUAGUGCCACCAGAUCAUUUUAGUCUUGGUGUUCAGGGAGCUUUGUAUUCAGAUAGACGGGGAACAAGAAGUCGGUUAAAGGGUCAAUUGGAGAUGAAGAUUAGUGUUGUUACUCCACCAGUUCUUGUCUUAGUUCCUGAAGAUGUUCGUCGCAGUGUAUCAGAAUCGGUACUAAAGAGACUCCUGGAGAACAUGAAAGACAAGGUGAAUGGAAAUUUGUUAGCUGAUUACAGUAAAUUUCGAAGAGAACGAUAAGUAAAACCAGUCUAGUUGUCUAUCCCGUAGGGAAAUGGAUCACUUGUAUGAACAAUUUAGUCUAGAUAGAUAAUAUACUCUUACUAUCUCCAGCUUGGUAUAAGGCUUGAAUUGAAUAUCAAUUCUAAUAAGCACCAGUAAUAAUUUUUAGUUACUCCUAUUUUUUAUUGAUUCGUUGAUAAAUAAGUAAUAUUCUCUUAAGAUA